GAUUCAAGACGAAUCGCCAUAAAUCCCUGUAAAUUUGAUUUUUAUUAAAAAAUAGGCAAAAUAAGCGGCAAACAGCGAGAGGAGGGAAAAAAACGCAGCAGAGGGAAUGGCAAGCAAGCGUGAAAUCUUCAAUCUUUCGGGGCCUCACCAUCUCAUCAAGCCCAACUGGUUGGAUGCAGAUCACAGACGAUGCAUAGCCACCAGUUUUGUUCAGGGCGUAUAUGUCCGUGAACGAGACCGGCAACAACAGAGGCUCGGACUAAACGCCCAAGCAGAAAUCUGGUGGCGCUACUUCAAUUUUAAGCUCAUCGACUGUUUAAUCGACGGAACCGACGGUUCAAUCUUCGGCGCCGUGUAUAAAUGGAACCAGAAACUCACCCGGCCACCAGGCGCGCCCAAUAUGGUGGUGGCUUUCAGAGGAACGCUGCCAUCUGUGGCCGGAGAUCUCUGGAUGAAUUACAAUCUCCUCACAAAUCGACUCCACACAACCCGCCGCUUACAGACCGCAUUGGAGGCAGUGAAAAUAUGCGUUCACAAGCACGGGUGUGAAAAUGUGUGGGUUGCAGGGCAUUCUCUCGGCGCUGCUGUGGCCAUGUCGGCGGGCAGGAAAUUGGCAGAGGAGGAGAGGGUAUUUUUACAGGCGCAUUUGUUCAAUCCGCCCUUUAUUUCGCCUGUGGAGAGGAUUGGGGACGAGAAUUUAAAGCGCGGGUUUCAUCUCGCCAGUAGCCUGGUGACAGCGGGUCUGGCUAUGGCGCUCCAGAACAGCCGCGCCCGGAACGAAUCCUAUAAAUCUUUCUGCAAUUUGCAGUCUUGGGUUCCUUGUCUGUAUAUUAAUCCGAGAGACGAGGUGUGCUCGGGUUAUUUAGGGUACUUUGAGAGCCAGAAGUUGAUGAACCAGAUUGGGGCAGAGGGGAUUGCAAGAUUUGGGGCUCAGCAGUCGAUUGCCGACAUUUUUUUGACGGCGAUGGGACAAGAGUCGAAAACAGGGCAUUUGAUUCCCUCUGCAAGAUUUACAGUGAAUUUGAACCCUGCGGAAGAUUUUAGAAUGGCGCAUGGGAUGCAACAGUGGUGGGCACCUGAUUUAAGAAUUAAGUGCACCGAGUUCAGGCUUCAUCCGGUCCGGGCACUUCAUUCGGUGCAGGCUCCGGCAAGAGGAUUUACAGGGCACCGUAAGCCUCCCAUGGUAUUAAAGUGCCAGAGGCCUUGCAGGGUAACUUAAUUUUUUCCUGGUAUUGAAAUUUCCUUGCAGAUUAAUGGCUCCACCUGGUAGAAGAAUAUUUUAUUUUAACAGGAUUAAGGAUGAUUCUUGCGUUGGAUUCCUCUUUCAUGGGGAAGAGAGAAAUCGAGCAAGAGAAUCUAGAAUCUCUUAGUUGGAGUGGAGGGUGGUUUCGAAGUUUCCCCUAAAAUGGGAUUUUGUAAAUUCAUAUGCCAGAUGGCAAUUAUUUAUUGGUGUAAUUUUUUUUAUUCUAAAUUAACUCUAUAAAUAUAAGAAAACAUUUUG